GGAGCCGGAGGCGCUGGGCGAGUUCUAUAGAUGGCCUUGGGCGAGUCGAAAGAAACACCGCAUGCGGUGCCGUGCUCCAUGGUGUUUACUUUCUUGCAUGCAAGAUCGUGCAGUGCAUCGAGGUUUGGAACUAGAAGACUCGAAGCUUGCAUCAUGGCACUGGCCAAGAAUGAUAAGACUAACCGCACAUCCUCGGCGGUGGGUAUACCCGAUUUCAGUGUCUGCGGUCCAGUUUCCUCCCCCCGAGUCCCAACUUCCCCAACCGCCGACGCUGCUCUCCCUCCGUCCUGGCCGCGACGUUUCCGGUGCGGUCGUCGGCUGGAGAGAUAGCGAAGCGUCCGUCGGCUACCGCUGUCUCGUCUCUGCUACCGACCAGUCCCCUGCGCCGCACCCCGCCGCCGGCGAGCGGCCAGUAUACUGGUCGGCCGACCCUCGCACCAGCUACCAUCGACAGCGACACCGGCGCAGCCAGGCUACAGAAAUCCAGCGCGGCCAUCCCAAGGGUCUCCGGCAUCAUGGGCCUGUACGAGUUCAGCCGAAUAGAGGGCUUUCCCUCCCUGUUCGCUCCCAACAAGACGCCGGUGACGGCCGACACCGUCGAGGCCGGCUGGAUAUUCGCCUUCCUCAUCUUAUUCGCCAGCUUCCUGGUCAUCCUGCCCGGCUUCAGAGGCAAACGGCGCUUCUUUGUGCUGGUUCGUGUGACUGCCAGCAUUAUCAUUGGACUGCUUCUUAUGUUGGGCAACUUUGGCAUGGAGUGGGAGGUGGCCACGCUGAAGACGAGGACGCCGUACAAGGCGUACACGAGCGCCGAGCUGGAGGGAGCCGAGGUGGGCAUGAAGCUCGGUCUGCGUGGCGUCAACGUCACCCUCUACGUUGACCAGGGCCACAUUCCGAUGGAGUUGAAAGGCGAGGUCAUCAACUACAACGAACGCUUCUGGUGGAGCUGGGGUCAGGGACGGAACGGGUUCGGCCCAUUCGCCGGACAGAUCCAGCGCGACUUCCGGCGCGCCCAGCAGCGCGGCGCGCCGCUGCCCAUCCUCUGGGUGGCCGAGUACUUCACCUUUGACGGCGAGGGCAUCCGCUUCGGGAGGCACUACAUGCGCGCCGGAUGGUACGCGCAUAUCCUCAUCUGGGCGGCGUUCCCCUGCUACCUGCUGGCCAACAUCUUCCAAUUCAUGGUGCUGCGGUACGCGGCGCUGUUCACCAUGAUGACGGGCCUGCUGCAGAUAAUCGCCUGCAUUAUCUGGGCGGCCGUCAGGAACCCCGUGCCGCUGGUGGUGCCGUUCGAGGAGGGCGUCCUGCGCACCCACUUCGGGGCACACUUCUAUCUCACCCUCAUCAACGGUAUCUUCUGUCUGCUGGUGGGCCUGACGAUGAUCUUCAUGGACAUCCGGUACCCGGAGUACCUGACCGACUUCUUCGGCGUCGACCCGCUGCAGGACUACGAGGAGCACUACUACACUCAAGAGGAGCUGGAGACUGAAGCCAAAGGAGCGAAGGAGGAGUCUGCUCCAGGAACCGUGGAGCUCGGAUCAAUCACCAAAGCGGCCGCUGCCGCAGACGCCAAUAACGAGGAGGCCGAGCCUGGCUACCUGCUGAAGCGGCGCAGCCACCUGCCGGGCCUGCAGCGCUCCUCGGUACGCCGGCCCGAGGCGGCGCCCCGCAGACGCUACCAGGCUGGGGACACUUCCAUCCGAGAGGAAACUGAACAACAGGAGAACCUGUACGAAAACACCCGCUGAACAGGAGACGAUCGACUUCCGGCGCGGCGGAGCCGACCGGGUGUUUGUUAUUUUGUCUGCGCUGAGCUGUGUAUCUACUGACUACAGACUCGUAGGUGUGUAUCUACAGACUGAUUUACCGGCGGAAGUCCAUAUCUGCUCUUUCUCAACGCGAUUGAGUAGAGUGUUUCUAGCAAACUUUUCAGAAAACGUUCAAGCAUUGUUAUCUUAUCGCUUAAUUAAUGCAUUGCCAUUCACAUAAGUUUGAUUGAACAAUGGGAUGGAGUGAGUGAAUGGGUGAGUGAGCAAUGGGUAGAGUGAAGCAGCGGAAAACGAUUAUGAUAUGCUUGCUGUUUCAAAGUGACGCUUUUUCACUGCCCCCCAGUGUGCUCACAUUGGCACUAACGCGACAGUUUACAUCAAUGAGGCAGUAAGUCAACGUGAGAUUGAGUAGCCCAGUGAUGUAAUAUACUCGCAGUCUUCUCGA